GCGAUCCUUUGGACUUAUCGAUCCACAUGCAGAGAUCCAGCGGCAGCACGUCCAAGCCACCGUCAAGCGCAUAUGCCGUGGACCUGCGCCGGGCGAGCAAGUUGGCCCGCAUUUCGUACGACGAGCUCCUGGCUGGUAUCCACACGGAGAAUGCCACGCGAAUGCAAGGGCUGUUCUUGGAGGUCGACGACAACGACGACAAUAAUAGCACCCUCGCGGACAAAAGGCUGGACGCGUUGCUGCUUACGUCCACGCAUACCACAGCCUUUGGUGUCUCUUUUGGACUGCAAGAACUGGCUGGAAAGUCCAUCCUCGAGCACAGUUUGUCCCAACUCCUUCUCGCAGGGAUCGAGCGUGUCGUGGUGGCGGUCGCUGCCGGCAGCGACACCCAGUUGCAUUUGAAGCAAUCUUCGCUGUUUCUUCGCAUGCACAUUGUGUUCCUCGAAGUCGUCCCAACUGUACUCGAGUCAGUUCCUGAAACGGUGCUGGCGGCGCGGCAUUUGUUUGCUAGCCCCUUUCUUAUUCACGCGGCAGAUCGCGUCGUCGACCAGGCGUUGAUGAAAAAAUUCGACGCUUUCCACCGAACCCACAACCGCGUGAGUCUCCUCGUCGAGUCUGACCGAGCAGUGUCGGCCCGCAUGUCGCCUUCGACGAUGCGCAUCAAGUUCACUACGUCGAGCGCUGGUUCGCCAUCGAAGCUACAAGUCGGGCGCUACAUCGCUGACUACAACGGCGUCGAUAUUGGGCUGUACAUCGUGUCGCCCAAGGUUUUUAUGGUCCUGGACAGCAUUCUCCAGGGAGUUGGGACCUUGUCCCUUGCUGAAGCGCUCGCGUUUGGUUUCCAACGAGUCCACGCCAUGGCGACUCAAGCAAACUCGACCGAUCUCUGGUUUGGUGUUGACACCCAAGAUCAAAUGGUCCAUUCCAUCGAGCACGACCUGGUGCACCGUCUGUCGACUUUGCCACCGCCCACACCGGUUUCUACUGCGCCAAUUCUAGUUAAGCGACGAGCUAGCGUCGUUUUGGCUGUCGAAGCUAAAGGAGAGUCGGCGCUGCCCCACACGAACAUCGACAUGCGGAGACCGUCGAGUCGACAGUCCGACACCAUCGAACCGUUCCAAGGGUUCGUCGUGGAUGUCCCACAGCUCCAACUGCCUCAAGCGACUCCCAUCCCCCCCUACAUGCAACCUUUGGUGACUCGAGAUGCUGCAACCAGGCAUUGCGUCAUCGCCAACGAGAUAUCGAUUGCUCGAGGCGGGUCGGCGGCUGGCGACGAGUACAGGGUGGCGAUUCCCAUUUCUGCCGAGUCGGCGCAUCCAACCGCGCCGCUUUUGCGCCGUCUCAGCCCUCGCAAGAGCGCGUUCUUGGUACGCCAGGACAACGGGCCAAACCCAUCGUUCCUGUUGGCUGUACCUGACGGUCUCAGCGAUGACGACGACGGGACCAAGCUCCUUGCCAACCAUCCAAUUCGAAAUACCCUCCGACGGCUGUCAGCAUUGCCGUCUGACGUGAAGGAAGUGGCACUCGAAGCGGCGGUGGUCGGAGGCAUGAUCGACUUGCAAUUGACCGUGCGUAAACAAGUGCCCCCCAUCGGUUAUGCCAUCUUGAGUGGCGCGUUGUUGAGUGUUUCGUCCCAAGGUGCGGCACUGCAAGCGCUGGACACCGUGUCGCCACUCAUCAAGAUGGUGUGGAGGUACUUUGGGUCGUCCGUUCUGUUUGGAGGCCUCGCUUGGUUCAACUACAUGGACAACGGCCUGCCGCCGGCGCUGUCGUGGACCACUGUUCGAGACACAAUGCUGUGCUCAAUUGCGUACGUCGUGUUCUCUGCGACGUUCAUAUGGGCUCUGGACCACACGUCAGUCGGCCAUGCGUACAUCUUUAGCAACAGCCACUCGAUCCUGCUCGUUGUCGGCAAGUGCAUGUUUGGACACCCCGUGGCAGCACUGGAAGCUGCUGGGGCUCUGCUUGGGAUUGCAGGCGGCGUGAUAACAAGUGUCGACCAUGGAACCAAGACGUCAACAGCCAGUCCCACGACGCAGCAUCCACCAACUCUGGAAGGGGAUGUGGUCGCGUUUGUCGGUGCCAUUGGCGGCGUGGCCUACUUGAUAUUGGCAAAGCGGCUCAAGGAGGUUCUUGGGGUGUGGCUCUUUUGUUUUGGCCUGUUUACCCUCACGUGGAUCCUCUUGAUACCAUUGCUCUGGGCGAUGCACGUGGACAUGACGUGGAAUGCAGACCCUGUCGUGGGGUUCCUUGGAUGGACGCAUCACGUUGGCACGGAAGUGUUGCUCGUUGUUGUUGUGAGUGCUUUCGGAACGAUGGGGUUCAUCACGUCCAUGAAGUACUUCCCCCCGCUCGUCGUGUCUGUCACGAUGUUACUGGAGCCGAUUGUUGCGACCGUGGUGUGCAUUGCGUUUGGGAUGGCAACAACUCCUGGGUGGUGGACGUUUGUGGGUGGGUCCGCCGUUCUUCUCGGGACCCUUCUCGUCAUCAUUAGCACGUCUAGCACAACAGAAGUCUCCAACGUGUCGGACGCCAUGGUCGUCCAAGCCCAAGAUGUUGACGGCAGGUCCGCGCCAUCGCUUCAACAGUAUGGCACGUGCUCAAGUUGACAUCGGCAAGUUUCUUUGCACGUCAGGUGUAUUUCAGCCAAUGAAAUUCAUUGAAAUUCAC